AUGAACUCCUUCUCGAUGAACGCCCUCGCAAAGACCUUGCCUGCAGUAUGCCGGCAAUGUCAACCUCGCUUCGCAUCUUUAGGUGCCAUCCGGUCAUUCUCUUCCUCCCCGAAGGACUCCUCAAGUCUGAAGGAGAAGACACGAACGAUCGAGAACCAGAUCCUUGAUCGCCAGCCCGAAUCUGACGAGAGCUCUUCGCCGCUCUCUGCCAUUUCGAAGAUGAUGACUGGAUCUCGAUCGUCUGCUUCUUCGCGUGUCAGCGCUGACUACGCCCGACUAGCCGAAAGCCUGGAAGCCGACAUGAUCAAGAACCCCUACGCCGACCGCGCUCCUCCUCACCACCUCCACGUCUACGCACACAAGCACAAUACCAUCCUCACGCUGACACGGCCGAAUGGUAACCCUAUCUUGUCCAUGGGCACCGGCCAGAUUGGAUUCCGCAAAGGUGGCCGUGCCGGCUUUGAUCCCGCCUACCAAUUGUCCUCCCACGUUCUUUCGCAAAUCCAGGAGCGUGGCCUUUUGAUGGAUAUCAAGCGGCUAGAGAUUAUCUUCCAGGGCUUUGGCAAGGGUCGUGAUGGAUUCACAAAGGUGCUCCUCGGUAACGAGGGACGCAACAUCCGGGGUCUUGUUAGUCGAGUGACUGACUCGACUCGUGUGAAGUUUGGCGGUACUCGUAGCCGCAAGGUUCGCAGACUGGGUUAA